AUGUCAGAAGCGAAUGAUGAAAUUCGAGUGGUCGUUGCUAUCGAUUUUGGAACAACCUACUCUGGGUACGCAUACGCUCACAAAGAACAGCCUGAUGUAAUCAUAGUUCAAGAUAGUUGGAAAGAAUAUGAAUCUCGCUUUAAAACUCCAACUGUUGUAAAAUAUUAUGACAAUUACAGUGAUAUUAAAUUAUGGGGAUACCCUGCAUUAAUCGAAAAACCGAAGCUUAAAAAAGCUCGUCUCUUUUCUUCUUCCAAAUUACCUAAAUCUUCAUCGGCCCCUAUUGAAUUAUUUAAAUUACAUUUAUUAAAAUCAAUUAAAGGAAGCGAAAAACCCACUUUGCCGAGAAAAUUAAAUUAUAAAAAUGUUAUUAGAGAUUUCAUGAAAAAAUUGGGUGAUGAUGUCAAAACUUGUUUGAAGAAAACUUGGCAAAGUUUGGAUCCUGAAAGAAACGUGUUAUAUAUACUUACGGUUCCCGCUGAAUUUGAUGAUGAAGCAAUUGCAACAUUUCGUGAAUGUGUUUUUAAUGCUGGUCUGCUGAAAGAUGAAGAGAGCAAUAAUAUCAGAUUUAUAACAGAACCUAAAGCAGCGGCAAUCCAUUGUUUAAAUUUAGUUGUACAAAAUUUAACUCCAGGAGAUUCGUUUAUGAUUGUCGACUGUGGUGGUGGCACCGUAGACUUAACGACAUGUGAACUUUUAGAAGAUGAAAGAUUGAGCGAACUAACAGAAUGUACAGGGGAUUGUUGCGGGUCUAGUCGUAUUGAUGAAGCAUUUCUUGAAUUUGUUGGAGAAAAAGUAGGCAAAUCUGCAAUUGAAUCAGUAAGAAAAAACCAUUACGGUCAAUUACAAUAUUUUGUACAAGAAUUUUGUAGUCAAGUAAAAUUACCAUUUAGAAAUGAUGAAGGUAUGCAACACGACAUUGAUUUAGAAGAGUCAUUACCAGCAAUAAUGAAUUAUGUAAAAGGAGAGGAAAGAGAGAGAUUAAAUGAUUCGGAGUGGAUAAUCGAAAUUAAUUCCACAGAUAUUAAAAAUAUGUUUGAUCCCGUUAUAAAUAAAAUAUUAAGUUUGAUCGGGGAACAAUUGGAUAAAAGCGAGAAAAAAUGUUCCGCUAUAUUUUUAGUAGGGGGAUUUAGUGAAUCUAAAUAUCUACAAUAUAGAAUCAGAAGAGAAUUCUGUAAGAUUCCAAAUAUUUCAGUUCCACCUCAUCCUACUACAUCAGUUGUAAAAGGAGGUGUUUUAUACGGACUUGAAGAAAUUAUUAAAGAUCGAACAUAUGGAAUAGAAACUGAAAUUGACCCAUAUAUGAGAAGAAAUGAUAUUCCAAUUAGUCCUACCUUAUUUAUUAGCAGUGAUGAUACUACUGCUUCACAUUUCAGCUGUAAAGAUGAUUCCGCUUCGUUAAUGAGUAAUAGGCCCGCUUUAUUAUCACAAAAUUCUAAAAAAUCACAGGAUAUACUCUUGAACAAACAUAAAAUAAUAUUAGGUGAUUUUAUUUAAAUAAAUGUCUCGUUUCUUGGAAAUUAUGUAAAAAUUCUAAUUUUUACAAAUUCCUCGAGGUUCGAUAAAUAAAUAUCCUCAAAAAUAUAAUAUAUAAGAGUUAAUAAUAGUAGAAAAUAUUCAAAACAAAAUAAAUAUUUGUAGCUAACUCCCUCAACUAAACCUAAAUCCAAAACCUAUCUUAUUUAUACUUUUUCAAUCUUUAAAAACUAAUAAAUUUCCUAAAAUUUCUCAAACUAUUUCUUAAAUUAUU